AUGAAACCCACGCUUUUUCGACAGGCCAAGUUCGCGCCGCAUUUCUCCUUGUUGGCCUCCAUGAUCCUGCAGUAUCGUACCGUAGGUUUCAUCGUUACCUUCGCGCACCCUACCCAAGGUAAAGUGGACUUGUCUCUUGCGAGCACCGUCGUCGAGCGUGCCGUGCGCCCCUCCACCGAUUCAAGCACAUCCUCCGCCUACCAACGAGCGCGAUGGCCGCUAUACGACGGGAAGACGGACUUGGCUAUCGGCAGCAAAGAGACCGCGAAGCACUCAGAUCCAGUGCAGGGCCACUUCGCCCAUGGUCGCCUCACUGCCAUUCGUCUGUUCCAGAUCCCAUCCCCACCGAAUGGAAACGGCGAUACAGAGUCUGGAGGACGAUCAACGACGACAUAA